CAUCCAACCACUUACUUAAAUCUCAUUAAUGGUCCUCACCCAGUGUAUGAAUGCACCCCACAGCCACCACUUCCACGGAAAUCAAAUUGUUUUUCGUUUUCUAAAAAUCACACAACACAUAACCAAUUCGACAAGGCCCACAUAAAUGACAUCAAGAAGCCCAGGAGGCAUCGCCACACUUCCACCAAAGGGAUGAACCCCAAGUUUUUGAGGAAUCAGAGGUACGCUAGGAAGCACAACAAGAAGAAUAGGGAAAUUGCUUCCGAAGAAGAGUAA